GUUUGAAAUAGGCGGCAGAGCUCGCAGAUGCAGCGGGGAAGUGUAUAGACAAGUGCAUGUUCGAACAACGUAUGGCAGCUGUUGGCAAUAUUCCACUUUAAUGGCUAAUUGCGUCAUCGGUGAUCGAUUCGCCUAAUUGGGCCUGGGACGAUUCUGCCUUCGCUGUUGGGUCGAUGUGGUCUUACUUGGGACGAUACUGUCAUGGCUCAGACGAUUUGACUACGGCAAAGGGGUCACAUGGUCUUGGGGCGAAAUGACCUGUGAUGCUGACCCCUCCCCCUCACACAUGUCGACGGGGAGGAGGAGGCGGCAGACGACAGAUAUAUAUCAAUUGGAAUGCAAUUUUUAUAUACGGUGAACUACGAUCGCAUCUCUACAAUUAUAAAACGAUUGCCUGACUCAGCACAGGCAAGUAAUGUAGACUCCCGAAAGGGAGUCCUUUGUUUAAAUUUAGAACCAUGCCAACCAAUAGGAUUCCACGAAGUACGAGGUGGACGCCUUCAUGUCGCAAUCAACAAAGGGUGAUCACUCGUGCUUCACUUCAGCAGAUCAAACACAAGACGUGCACAGGCGGACAGCGACCAUGAGCGUUUUGGAAAAGUCACGAACGCUUGAACUGAGGAAGCGAUACAUCGGAAAGUCAUGCAGCCUUUUCUUCAAGUCAGAUCCUGUAAAGAUUGUGCAGGCCUCAGGGCAGUACAUGUAUGAUGAGGUUGGCAACAAGUACCUGGACUGCAUCAACAAUGUCUGCCACGUGGGCCAUUGCCACCCACAGGUGGUUCGAGCCGGUGCAGAGCAGAUGCAGCAGGUGAACACUAACUCACGUUUUUUGCACGACAACAUGGUGCUUCUGGCACAGAGAAUUACUGCCACAAUGCCUGAAAAACUGUCGGUUGUGUACUUCGCCAAUUCUGGGUCUGAAGCAAAUGACUUGGCUUUACAGCUGGCGAUGCACCACAGCAAAAACACAGAAAUUCUCACCUUGGACAGGGCUUAUCAUGGUCAUUUGGUAUCGUUGAUCAACAUCAGCCGUUACAAGUUGGAUUGCAUGGUUAACAAUGUUCAUAAGCAGCCUGACUAUGUGCAUGUGGUGCCUUGCCCUGACGUCUACAGAGGCAAGCUUCGUGACUGUGACUUUCCAGGAGAGGACUUGGGAAAGAAAUACGCUGAAGAAGUGGACAAGAUCAUCAAAGACAUACAUGACAAGGGCAAGGGUGUCUGCUGCUUUAUUGCUGAGUCCAUGCAGAGCUGUGGGGGUCAGAUCAUUUACCCCCCAGGCUACCUAAGCAGGGUCUAUGAAUCAGUAAGAAAAGCAGGAGGUGUGUGUGUUGCUGAUGAAGUGCAGGUGGGGUUUGGGCGUGUUGGAACCCACAUGUGGUCAUUUCAAGUUGAUGGUGUUGUACCUGAUAUUGUAACCAUGGGCAAACCUAUGGGCAAUGGACAUCCAGUGGCUGCUGUGGUGACAACAGCUGAAAUUGCUGCAAAUUUCCAGGCUUGUGGUAUUGAAUAUUUCAACACGUAUGCCGGCAACCCUGUGUCGUGUGCUAUAGCGCUUGCUGUGUUGGACGUCAUUAGAGACGAACACCUCAUGGAACAUGCUCUUGAAGUGGGUGGGUAUCUCAAAGCUGAGGCAUUGCGAUUGAUGGAAAAACAUCCUACUAUUGGUGAAGUGAGGGGUCGUGGUCUGUUUCUGGGGUUGGAUCUGGUGAAGGACCGCACAACCCGAGAACCUCAUACUGAAGCUGCCACUUAUAUACUCUUCAGAAUGAAACAAGACCAUAUUCUGCUAAGCCAAGAUGGCCCCCACUGCAAUGUAAUCAAGUUCAAACCUCCGAUGCCUUUCAGUUGUGAAGACGUGGACCUGGUAAUGAAAAUAAUGGAUACUGUUCUUACAGAAAUUGAGACAGGCAGUGUAGACCUUACAAUGCCUGGCAUGAAAUGUGGGACAGCUGCUGGUGCUCAGCCCAGUGAGGGAGAGGAUUUUUCACCCUCCACAAAGCGACCAAAAAUGCUUGGUGAAGGAUUUGACACAGAGAAGCACCUUGGUGAGGUUGGAGGUAUCAAUGGUGAUGCCACAAAGUUUGUAAAGCCUUCAACAAAGAGUACUGAAGUGCAUUAGGAAUUUAUUUUUUUUCUGCAGGGCAGUUAUACUAGUGAUUUUGGCCAAGAUGGCCAUCAGAAAUAAUUAUUUUUGUUAAAAUAUUUUUGGAGUUAAAAUAGACUAUUAAUUUAAAGUCAUAACUCAGAAAGGAUUACAAUGUUUUAUCUAGUUAAAAAAGAGCAAUCUAUUGACUAAAUGCUGAUAUUUAGACUCGCGUAAAUUUAUUUUGCAUGCUGGCAUAUUAAAUUAUCAAAGUACAUCUGUAUCUAAUCAUAGACAACUUUUUUUGGUUUUAAUAAGUGUUACCUAUUUUUUUUCCUUUUACAUAAGCAGAAUGCAUUUUUGAAUGCUCUUUAUUUUUAGGAUGUCAACCCCAGAAAGCAGUUUGCUGUUAAGGACAUAAUGAUAUUAAUAAUGUAAUUUGCAUUAAGGUAUAAAGUGUACUUAUGCUAUCAUAUUUUAUGGGUGUUUGGCAACACUCAAAUGUCCCAAAACUUGUGAUAAUUCUGUGUGUAUGUAUCAAUCGUCCUUGACCGGCACCUGUCAUUGGGGGGAGCACAUGGAUAGUGAACCUUAUCUUAUGGCUAUGCCAGAUCCUGUCUAGCUUGGCCAUUGCCGCUGUUGCUAUCAUGAUACUAAUGCGGAUAUGUGGAGUGGAGCUGCCGUCCUUGGAGAGGGUGGCUCCCAAGUAUUCAAAGCUGAUUACCUCUUCGAGCUGUACCCCGUUCAUAUAGAUCUCUGGUUUGCAGGUGCCAUCGAUCAUUACUUUGCACCUUUCAGUGCUGGUCUCCAUUCCAUAUACAUUUGAACUGUCUCAACCUGUUGGUGAGGUCUUGCAGUUUUUAAUUAGUACCUGCUAACAGAUCUAUGUUGUCUGGAAAGUGUAGAUUGAAAAUCGGCCUUCCACCAAUUGAGAUGGAAGUAUGAUGGUAGUGGAGAACAUCGAGCAUGUUCUCCAAGAAGAUAUUAAACAGCACUGGUGAUAGGGGACACGUUUGACGUUCGCGGAAGCCCACGCCGUACUCACAUCUGUACCACAGUUUUUGGCUGUCAUCCGUUCUUCUUUCUCCAGAUCCUGUCCAUCUGACCUCCGCCAGUCCCACCGGUACCGUUUUAACUCGUUGGUGAGUUGUUGCACUUUGCGGCACUGGUGUAGUGUGCGCACGUUCCCGGUGCCAAUAGAUGAUUCCUGACCCUCUCUCAGCUAGAUUUCUGCUUUGGUUUCUGUUUUGGCUCCAGUAGUACAUUUCUUGCUGACCCCACGCUGAAGUGGGAGCGCGGUCGUUGUUGAUCCUGGCCUCGAUCCGGCAUGCUGUCUCUUUUGCGGCGUACAUCCAUAGUCCUAACAUUGAGCAUUAAACACUUGGUAACGCUCAAGUCUUCUCCGUGAACCACAGCCGGUCAUGAACACGUAGGCGCUGGGCCCUGGCCGGUGCUUUCAUCGUGGAAAGUCUUUGCCCGCUAAUGCCCUAUUAGUAUCAGGAUUUUCUGUAGGAGUUUACUCCCUUAGCCAUCAUCUUCCCCAAGAUUUCUCCCAAGGCAGUGAGGCCAUUUUUUCGUUGCUAGGAUUGUAGUGCAAAAAUGGCGGUGGCGGCGACCACACUGUCUUUUAAAGUAGUCACGUGGUCUUUAAACUAGUGUUUGUGUGAGUGCAUACAUCUACGUUUGCAUAUGUAUACUCCUAAGUGGAGCAUACAUUUCCUUUCCUCUAAGAAGAAAUACCAUAAAAUAAAAAUAACAAGUGCAACAGAACUGAGAACAUUACUGAGCAUCAGUAAUUGCUAAAUGAUUUGCAGAGCUAAGUUUGAAAAGAAAUUGUGUAAAGAAGCUAGAUACAUGGUUGGAGGGAGGACAUGAGGAUACAGAAUCAUAAACCCUUUAAAAAAAAUUUAUAGAUUUUUAAAAGCAGAUACAUUCUUUUUAUUCUUACUUUUUUGGUUAAAAAUGUUCUUACAGAUUUUUUAGCUUUUAAAAUGGGUAACUUAGCAGAAAAGGUUACAUGAUAAUGAAACUAGUGCUGAAUUUCAAAAGAUAAAUGAAGACUUAAACAAAAAAUUCUCUGCUGAAUAUUGUGUGCAAGAAUCUCAAGGUGCGGCCAUGCUAAAUGGCAGAAAAGACCUUAUAAAUUAUUUCCAGCAUGUUUAAUGAAGAUCUGGUUUUUUAUGAGGAAGUUAUAUAUAUAUUUUUUAGUGUGGAGAACUGAAAACAGAGAAAUUAAGUAUUAUGUAGGCAAAUGACAUCCUCCAUCUCAUUUAGUUUGCCUUGCUGUGGACACUAAAUGAACACACUGGAAUGAAAUCUACAGGAGUGUGCAUUAUAUGCAUAUAGAGUCAAUAGAAAUAUUUUUCCCUUUUUUUGCCUUUUUGGGCUUGUUUUCAAAUGUAACUGCAUGGUGUUGGAAAUGUUUUGGAAGGAUGAUUUCUGUAAUGAAUUACAUUUAUCAUUAAAGCAUACAUCUCAUAUUAUUUACACAGGUACGAGAUUGAAACAUUGUUUCCUUGCCAUAGUUUGCAAUAUUAUUAAACUCAUGAUCUGAUCUGAUUAGUUGUCUGAACUUUAAAGGCUGCUUGUAUAUGUACAAUUCUUAAGCAAAGCCAACUAUCUAUUUCUUUCUUAAAAGUUUUAGGAUAUGUGAUAUUGAGUCUUGGUACUAGAUGACACAACUUUGCUAACACUAGGACAAAUCUGUAGGAAGAAAAAUAAUGUAGAUUAACACAGGAUCAUAUGGAGUUUGACUGAUUUUCCUUACUUAAAUAUUUUCAAUUUGGCUUUUGUUUGUAAGUCGUUAUUUUAACAGUUUGCAUUACAGAACUCUUUAGUUUUAGAGUCAAUUAUUAAUAAAACUUUUGUAUAGUCUGCAG